AUGGACAACUAUGCAUCAACUUGGGAAGCAUUGAUGAAGCGGCACGACAACAAGCGAUUCCUGAAACGUCAGCUAUUUCGAGCUCUCUAUGAUCUCCCGCCGGUGAAGCGAGAGAAUCCCAAAGAAAUCCAAGUUUUGGUUGACGAUUUCCACCGACAUGUCAGAGUUUUGGCGAAGUUAGACGAGCCAGUCCAUCAUUGGGAUACUCCGUUGGUCAAUCUCCUUAGCUAUAAGCUUGAUCCAAUUACGAUACGUGCUUGGGAGGAGAAAACCAGCAAUGACGACAACGUAACAUAUGAGAUGUUGAACGAAUUCCUCUACCAACGUGCCCGCAUGCUGACUUCCGUCGUAACCGAUCUCCAGUACCGAUCCCAACAACUGGUUGUAGCCAAGGUGGCCGGUCCGAAUCCAGCGCAGAAGGCGUUUAAGGCAGCAUACAAGGUUGCUACUGUUGAGUCUAAGCAUAGCUCUCCCCCGUGUCUCGCCUGCCCAGAGAAACAUUUCCUCUUCCAAUGCCCAGCAUUUUCCGAAUUGCCCGUCCGCCAGCGCCGUGAGCUGGUAUCCCAGAAACGUUUAUGCUGGGAUUGUUUCCGUACUGGAUACCAAGCGAGAAACCGCAUAUCCAAGUUUUCCUGUCGCAGCUGUCAUGAGAAACAUCAUUCUCUGUUACACGAAUCCACACCGUCAAAGAUGCAAUCCACGCCCGAAAUCCCUCAAUUACAGCCAAGUCCAUCAACGCCGACUACCGCCGGACCGUCUAACCCGGUAAGCCUGCCAGUACAGAUUGAGAAUAGCACAGUCCUGCCAGAAACCGUUUCAUUACUUGUUGUAAACAAGAACGGUACCACAAUCCCCGCACGCGCACUCCUAGAUUCCGGAUCCAUGUGCAACUUCAUUACGAAGAAACUUGCCAAUUCGCUCUGCCUCCGUCGUACCAAGGUAGACAUCGCAGUAGCCGGAAUCGGUGAAUCCACGAAGCAGAUCAAAUGUCAAUUGACUGCAUGUAUAAAAUCGAGUGACUCCGUACUCCACUAA